AUGAGCAUAUUGCUUGUUUUUCCACUUGUCAUGGCUCAUAUUGCACAGCCAUUGCUUAUUCGCCAAAUUGUUCUAUACAUUAAAGCUCAAUCAGGAUUACCAGUUUACGCUGCUUAUCUAUUUGCUAUUGCUCUUUGCAUUUCUGCCAUGGUACAAGCCAUUGUUCCUCAACAAAUCUUCUUUCAAAAUCGUCGCAUAGUUGGAGUGAAAGGUUCGAUCGGUGCUGGCAAGUCAACCCUACUAGCUGCUAUUCUUGGUGAGAUCAAUCUUGUUAGUGGAAAACUACGACUUCAUGUUAAUUCAAUUUCGUACGCUCCACAAUCGGCGUGGAUAUUUGCUGACACUAUUCGAGCUAAUAUUCUUCUUGGCAAAGUGAUGGAUGAAGAACGUUACAAGAUUAUAAUAAAGGCAUGUUGUCUUGAUGUUGAUCUACAGAAUUUCGGUGAAGUCGGCGAUUUAUCAAUGAUUAGUGAUAAAGGUGUCAAUUUGAGUGGCGGACAAAAAGCUCGUAUAUCUCUCGCUCGUGCUUUGUACGCUGAUGCUGACUUAUAUUUACUCGAUGAUCCACUUGCUGCCGUUGAUCCAAAGGUGGCAAAGAACAUUUUCGAUCGAUGCAUUGGUCCGCAUAGUCUCCUUCGUGGAAAGACUCGAAUAUUGGUUACACAUCAGACACAUUUUUUAGUUGAAGCAGACCAAAUGAUUCUCAUGACAUAUGGGCACAUCGAAGAAUUACAGAUUGAACAACGACCUACAAUAGAACCAUCAACUGAUGUAUUAGAAACAGAGUUAUCUGACGAUAAGGAGACAGAUUGGGUACUUAACACUACUGUAACUGAUAUGAAUUCGAUCGUCAAGAAUGAGACAUCAGUUGACGGUGCCAUCAAGUGGAAUGUUUGGCUAAAACUGUUUACUUCACCACCUUUACGGUGGUUCGGUUUUCUUCUAAUGAUUAUUUUUAUGUUCGUUAAUGAAGCUUCGUACGACUUUGCAAAUACUUGGCUCGCUCUAUGGUCUGAUAAAGAUGAAAGAGAACAACGAUCAUCAUUUUAUGCUUACGUCUAUCUCGGAGCUAUAUGUUCUAUAUUAAUCAUUUCAAUAAUACGUGUUGCCUAUAUCUACUAUGUUAUGUUGUGUGGUUCGACCUAUUUUCACAAUCAAAUGCUCAAAGGUAUCUUGUAUACUUCGUUACGUUUCUUUGAAAGUAAUCCAAGUGGACGAAUCUUGAAUCGAGCAAGCAAAGAUCAACAAGUAUUAGAUCAAUCGUUACCUUUGGCUUUAAUUGAUACGAUGCAAUAUCUACUGCUGACUCUUGGUUCUAUCACAAUCAUUGGGAGGAGUAACCCCUGGGUACUUCUAAUUCUCAUUCCUUUGGUUCCCUCAGUUGUGUGGCUCCGUCGAUUUUACAUGCAUUCGAGUCGUCAACUCAAACGACUCGAAAGUAUAACACGUAGUCCUAUUUAUACAUUGUUCUCAUCAUCAUUAGACGGACUCACUAGUAUUCGUGCGUUUGACGUUCAAGAGGAUUUUUUAAAUAUGUUUAUCGAAAGAACUGAUGCCAAUUCACGAGCUUACUUCAUUCUGUCUUCCACUGCACAUUGGUUCGGUAUACGACUCGAUCUUAUGGCAUCCUUACUCACGUUAGUUACUGCUGUUCUUGCAGUAGCUUUACGCCAUCAAAUUGAUCCGUCAACAGCAGCACUUAGUAUCACAUAUUGCAUCACUUUAACAGGUCUCUUUCAAUGGGCUAUACGACAAUCAGCCGAAGCUGAAAAUUUCAUGACUAGUGCAGAACGUAUUCAUGAAUAUGGUCAACUAGUGCCAGAAAGCCAACAGACCAGCAACGAGAGCAAUAUUCUCAUUCAACCAGCAGAGGAUUGGCCGUCUCGUGGUAUUAUCGAAUUUAAAGACUACACUUUUCGCUAUCGUCCAGAGCUUGAUCCUGUACUCAAAAAUCUUAAUCUACGAAUUGAGUCCAAAGAAAAGAUUGGUAUUAUUGGUCGGACAGGAAAAUCAUCACUUCUUCACGCUCUCUUUCGACUUGUCGAUCAGUCAGCAAUCAACGGAACUAUACUCAUUGACGACAUCGAUAUUGGACGACUUUCACUCGAUCAUCUUCGUUCUCAUCUAAGUGUUAUUCCACAAGUACCCGUACUCUUCUCUGGUACACUUCGAUACAAUAUAGACCCAUUUCAUCAAUUCUCAGAUGAAGAAUGUCUUAGAGUACUCGAAGCUGUUCAACUCAAACAAUUGGUGCGCAACCAUCCUGAUGGACUUCAUUUGUUAGUGGCUGAAUCGGGUACGAAUUUGAGUGCUGGUGAACGCCAGCUGAUUUGUGUAGCUCGAGCCAUUCUAAAGAAGAGUCACAUAUUGCUGAUUGAUGAGGCUACAGCAAAUGUUGACCAUGCUACCGAUAUGUUGAUUCAAGAGGUGAUUGCUGACAAGUUUCGUGAUCGCACCAUAUUGACGAUUGCACAUCGGUUUAAUACAGUUGAAAAUAGUGAUCGUAUUAUUAUGUUACAACAGGGAGAGAUGGCCUACUUCGAAGUGCCUACUAAUAUUAAUCUAAAUUAA